AUGCGUGCUACCACUUUCACCACCGCCGCUGUUCUCGCACUUGCUUCUCAUGCAAGUGCGGAGACAAUCAAGAUCGAUGUUGGAGCAAAUGGUCUUGCCUUUACUCCCGACAGUGUGACGGCAAAAGUCAACGAUAUACUCGAGUUCCACUUCCACCCUAUCAACCACAGUGUUGUACUAGGCGACUUUGCAAACCCAUGCCAGCCAGCCAAGAAUGCUUUCUUCUCAGGAUUUCAACCUGUAUCCUCGGGCGUGGGAAACGAAGUUUUCCAAGUCACUGUCAACUCGACCGACCCCAUGUUCUUUUACUGUUCACAAAACGUCCUCUCCCACUGCAUCAGCGGCAUGAGCGGAGUGGUGAACCCCAACUCAACCCAAACUCUUGAUGCAUACCAGAAGGCUGCGAAAAACGCAAAGGAUGCCUCCAAUCCCAGUUCCGGACCGGUGGGCGGACGACUUAUUACUUCGGGCUCUUCAUCCACAACAUCCGCCGCCCCUGCUGCCACCACUUCAUGCACCGUCAGCAGCAAAGGCAGCGGCAAUGGCUACAAGCGAUCAGACACUUGCUCUGGGGCUGGCUCUGUCACGGCGUCUGUCGGUAUCGUUGGUGCCUUUACGCUUGGCAUGGCAAUCUUGCUGUCUUAG